AUGGUGGCUGCGCUGUGCGCCCGGAGACUGGCUCGGCGUUCGCACUCGGCGCUCAUCGCGGCGCUCACCGUGCUGCUGCUGCAGACCCUUAUCGUAUGGAAUUUCAGCAGCCUGGACUCCGGGGCCGGGGACCACCGAGGCGGGGAGCAGCGUGCCGGUGGAGAGCCGCCCCCAGCCCCGCGCCGGGAGCGCCGGGACCUCCCCCUGGAGCCUUGGGCUGCAGCUGGAGGAGGAGGAGGAGAAAGAGGCCCCCAGCCACGGGGGGACAAGCUGCCACGGGAGCGAGGAGGAGGCGGCGGCGGGGGCCACGGCGAGCACCGGGCGCAGCAUCCGCCCCGCCGGGGGGAACCUGCUGCAGGCGCCGCGCAGCUACCGGGCCGGGCUCUGGAGCCACCACCCAGUCCUUUUACCAGCCUGGAGACACAGGAUGGGUACUUUUCUCAUCGACCCAAGGAGAAAAUGAGGACAGACAGCAACAAUGAAAACUCGGUACCAAAAGACUUUGAAAAUAUUGAUAACAGUAACUUUGCUCCGAGGACUCAGAGGCAGAAGCACCAGCCAGACCUGGGGAAGAAAGUAAGUAAGCAGAAGGAACAUUUGAAGAAGAAACUAGAGCAGGAUGAAAAAGUAAAGGAGAAUUCACUCCUGGGAAAAGGCUCUAAUGAAGCCCUACAGUAUAGCAAUCAAGCUGCCCAGAACAACAGUGCUGCCAAGGCAAGCCCCAAAUCCUCCAGAUUGUCCCAUACCAGGAAAAAUGGGGCCGGUUCCCCUGAACUCAAGUAUGACCAGCCUCCAAGGUGCGACAUCUCUGGCAAGGAGGCCAUCUCAGCCCUGUCCCGUUCUAAGUCCAAGCAAUGUCGCCAGGAGAUUGCUGAGAUUUACUGCCAACACAAGGUGGGGAAGCUAAUGCCAGAGAAAGUGACACGCUUCUGUCCACUUGAAGGUAAAGCCAACAAUAACGUGCGGUGGGAUGAGGACUCUGUGGAGUAUAUGCCUGCCAACCCUGUCAGGAUCGUCUUUGUUUUGGUGGUACACGGCCGAGCAUCUCGGCAACUCCAGCGCAUGUUUAAGGCUAUUUACCAUAAGGACCAUUUUUAUUAUAUCCAUGUUGACAAGAGAUCCAAUUAUCUUCAUAGACAAGUGCUCCAGUUUGCUGGCCAGUACCAAAACGUGCGUGUGACCUCCUGGAGAAUGGCCACCAUCUGGGGAGGUGCCAGUCUCUUGUCCACCUACCUCCAGAGUAUGAGGGACUUGAUGGAGAUGACAGACUGGCCGUGGGACUUCUUCAUCAACCUCAGUGCUGCUGACUAUCCUAUCAGAACAAAUGACCAAUUGGUGGCGUUUCUCUCUCGAUACCGGGACAUGAACUUCUUGAAGUCACAUGGCCGAGAUAAUGCAAGAUUUAUCCGGAAACAAGGACUGGACCGCCUCUUCUUAGAGUGUGACACUCACAUGUGGCGCUUGGGUGACCGGAAGAUCCCUGAGGGCAUCACGGUGGAUGGAGGCUCUGACUGGUUCCUGCUGAACCGAAAGUUUGUGGAGUAUCUGACCUUCUCCAACGAUGACCUGGUGACCAAGAUGAAACAAUUCUACUCUUAUACCUUGCUUCCUGCCGAGUCCUUCUUCCACACCGUCCUGGAAAACAGCCCCCACUGUGGCACCAUGGUGGACAACAACCUGCGCAUCACCAAUUGGAACCGGAAGCUGGGCUGCAAAUGCCAGUACAAGCAUAUCGUGGACUGGUGUGGCUGCUCCCCCAAUGACUUCAAGCCUGCAGACUUCCAUCGCUUCCAGCAAACUGCCCGACCAACAUUUUUUGCACGUAAAUUUGAAGCUGUGGUGAAUCAAGAAAUAAUAGGCCAACUGGACUAUUACCUUUAUGGGAACUAUCCCUCGGGCACCCCAGGCCUCCGGUCAUACUGGGAGAAUGUCUACGAUGAACCUGAUGGGAUCCACAGCAUCAGUGAUGUUGUACUGACCAUGUAUCACUCAUUUACCCGCCUGGGUCUCCGGAGAGCCGAGACAUCCUUACACACCGAUGGCGAGAACAGCUGCAGGUACUAUCCAAUGGGUCAUCCAGUGUCCGUUCAUCUGUACUUCCUUGCUGACCGUUUCCAAGGCUUCCUAAUCAAACACCAUGCAACAAAUCUGGCUGUGAGCAAACUGGAGACCCUGGAAACAUGGGUCAUGCCAAAGAAAGUCUUUAAGAUUGCCAACCCACCCAGUGAUUUUGGGAGACUUCAGUUUUCUGAGAUCGGCACCGAGUGGGAUGCCAAGGAGAGAAUAUUCCGAAACUUUGGGGGACUCCUCGGGCCAAUGGAUGAGCCAGUGGGGAUGCAGAAGUGGGGGAAGGGGCCCAAUGUGACAGUGACUGUCAUUUGGGUCGAUCCCGUCAACGUCAUUGCUGCCACCUAUGACAUCUUGAUUGAGUCCAGCGCCGAGUUCACACAUUAUAAACCACCUUUGAACUUGCCCCUUCGGCCUGGAGUUUGGACUGUCAAAAUUCUGCAUCACUGGGUGCCAGUUGCUGAAACCAAAUUCCUCGUCACUCCUCUGACCUUCUCAAACAAGCAGCCCAUUAAGCCAGAUGAGUCCUUGAAGCUACACAACGGACCUCCGCGUAAUGCCUACAUGGAACAGAGCUUUCAGGGCUUGAACCCAGUCCUCAAUAUCCCUAUCAACUUAGCCCAUGUGGAGCAAGCCCGAAGGAAUGCAGCCAGCACUGGUGCGAAGCUGGAGAGCUGGGUGGACUCAUUAGUUGGAGGAGUCUGGUCUGCAGUGGAUAUCUGCGCCAUCGGCCCCACCGCCUGCCCCGUCAUGCAAACAUGCAGCCAAACUUCCUGGAGCUCCUUGAGCCCAGACCCCAAGUCUGAGCUGGGAGCCAUCAAACCCGAUGGUCGGCUGAGGUAG